CUUUUGUUGUGCCUUCUGGCUUCGUCACUCUGCACUCGUGCCCUAGAGGGAAGAAGAUUUGAAUUUAAAUCGAUAGCUGAAAUUUAGAGAGACUGGGAAAGGUUUCCUUUAAAACAAUAAUAAUUUUAAAAAAAGGUAGUGAGGUCUGUUGUCCUGAUGUAGGAGGGAGGGAGUUUAAGGCUUGGGGUGUAGUGAAGUCCCAAGUGUUGUCAGUGGAGCGGCCAGGAGGCCAGUGUCAAACACUGCAAAGAUAUUUAGCCUCAAGAUGUCUGAAGACUUUUCUGUCACAGUUCCAGAGGAGCAGAAGGAAAUUUUGAAAGUGAAAGAAGAAGACCUUACAUGGGAACAAAAGUCCAGCCAAACUGAAGAAAACUGUCUUACCCAGGAGACCUUUAGGCAGCGGUUCAGACAGUUUUGCUACCAGAAGACAACCAAGCCCCAAGAGGCUUUGAGCCAAUUAUGGGUGCUCUGCUCUCAGUGGCUGAGGCCCGAGGUACAUACAAAAGAGGAGAUGAUGGAGUUGUUGGUGCUGGAGCAAUUUCUGACUAUUCUGCCACAGGAGCUCCAGGCCUCAGUGAAGAAGCGUUUGCCACAAAACAGAGCGGAAGUAAUUACUCUAUUGGAGGAAUUGGAGCAACAAUCAAAUAAACCUGGACAGCAGACUUCAGUUCUUGCACAAGGACUAGAAGAACAUUCAGAGGAGACAGAGCAUCAAGGAGCAUCCCAGGAGUCACAAAGCCUCCAAGUGAAAUGUGAAUCUCAGGAUCCUAAUCCUCUACAGGAGAGUGCUGUCACUGAUUCUUCUCAUCACCAGGAGGACCUCCCCAGAGAUGAGACCACUGUAUCAGUUUUUAAUUCAGCUCAAUCCCAGACAUCAGUGAAGACUGAGGAAGAUGACCAAUUCCUUGUUUCAGAAGAUUGGCAAUGUUUUGACCCAGCUGAGAAGAAUACAUGUGGGAAUGUGGAGCUGAAGAACCUUGACUUGUUAACUGGAGAGGUUAUGAUUAAAGAUGGAAUGUUGCUUCCAAAGCCAGAAAUUUCUAAAGAAGCAGAGCCACAGGAAGAAGUUUCUAGUGCACUCAAAAGAGAUUGCUCACCUCAGAUCCUAGUUGGUCCUCCUGUACAAGCUGAAAAAAACAUUGAAUUUUUGAAUACUCUUAAAGACCGUAAUCCUGGGGACUUAUGGUCUAGAAUGCACAUCUCAUCAAUGGAAUAUGCUGCAGGUGACAUCACACGGAAAGAUAGGAAAAAAGACAAAGCAAGAGUAAGUGAAUUGCUACAAGGUCUUACAUUCUCUGGUGAUUCUGAUGUUGAUGAAGAAGAUGAAGUGAAGUCACAUCCUGCUAGAAAGAAACAGAAAGUAACUACUAUUACAGAGAAGAAAUGGAUCAAAAGAGAUAUUCAGCCCAAUUUUCCAACCUGGUCAGCAUUGGAUUCUGAAAUUUUGAAUCUCAAAAAUGAAAAACUAAAUCCAGUCGAUUUCUUUGAAUUAUUUUUUGAUGAUGAAACAUUCAAGUUAAUUGUUGAUGAAACAAAUCAUUAUGCUUCUCAAAAAAAUGUCACAUUGGAAGUUACCGUUCAGGAAAUGAAAUGUGUUUUUGGUGUUCUUCUUUUGAGUGGAUAUAUUUGUCAUCCUAAGAGAGGAAUGUAUUGGGAAAGUUCAGAUAAGGAGCAGAGUCUUGUUAGCAAUGCAAUUAGAAGAGAAAGGUUUGAAUUAAUAUUUUCAUACCUCCAUUUUGCAGAUAACAGUUGUCUAAAUCAGUCAGACAAAUUUACAAAAUUGAGACCUCUUAUAGAUCAGAUGAAUAAAAAUUUCCUCUUACAUGCUCCCUUAGAAGAAUACUACUGCUUUGAUAAAUCUAUGUGUGAAUGUUUUGAUAGUGACCAAUUCUUAAAUGGUAAACCUAUUAGAAUUGGUUAUAAAAUAUGGUGUGGGGCAACUUCCCAGGGUUAUUUAGUUUGGUUUGAACCCUAUCAAGGUGAACCAGUUUUGAAAGAAGAUAAAGAUUAUGAUCUUGGUUUAGGUGGGAAAUUAGUAAUGAACUUUGCUGAUGUUCUCUUGGAGCGAGGACAGCAUCCUUAUCAUAUAUGUUUUGACAACUUUUUCACAAGUAUCAAACUAAUAUCAGCUCUGAAGAAGAAAGGGGUAAAGGCAACAGGAGCAAUCCGUGAUAAUAGGACUGAAAAAUGUCCUUUUAUGAAUGCAGAAAAUAUGAAAAAAAUGAAAAGGGGAUCAUUUGAUUUCAGAGUAGAAGAAAAGGAAGAGAUAAUUUUGUGUCGUUGGAAUGAUGAAAAUUCCAUCAAUCUAUGUUCCAAUGCGGUAGGCAUAGAACCAAUGAGCCAAGUAAGCUAUUCUGUUGAUGAAAAAAGAAAAGUUCAAGUAAAUCAGCCAUCAAUAGUUAAGCUGUAUGAAGUAUGUAGGUAUGGUGUUGCCAAGAUGGAUCAAAAUAUUUCCAAGUAUAGAAUAAGAAUCAGAAGCAAAAAAUGGUAUUCAAUUUUGGUAAGCUAUAUUAUUGAUGUGGCCAUUAACAAUGCUUGGCACCUGUAUAGAAUCUGUAGCCCUGAUACUCCAUCAAGUCUUUUGGAUUUCCGAAGACGUAUUGCACGUUUUUAUUUGGAGAACAAUGCUAAUCUAGCAAACUAAGCAAGAUAAAGUCAUCCAUCACAUAUAGAAAUAAAAAUUAAAUAUACCAUGACUUCCCACAGAGAACAUUAGCAUUUCAAUAGUUUAUUGGAGUCACAAACUCACUAAUUUUAUUGUACUUCCUUCAUCAUUACAUCAACAUCUUUUAACCUCUGUGAUUCAUAUUCUCAUAUUAAUCCCCCCAUAUAGCACUUAAACCCAAUGUACUAGAGCCGCCUUCUAAUUCAUUUAACCCUCCAAAGAAACCAGUGUAUCACUCAAACUAUCCAUUAUCUCUCAGUAUGUAUUGGGGCCAAACAAUUUUCUAAUCAUAUUGUACAUUUUGAAUAAUAUCCUUUAUAUCACUUCUUGCAAACAAAUUGUCAUUGGUAGGAUGCUGUACCCUACUAAUGCCUGCUGUGUAUCUCUUCAUUGUUCUUUGGAUUAUCUGAAUUUUGAUUUUUUUGGAUGUUGUGUGUUUUUGUGAUAUAAUAGCUAGUCAGCAUCCACAAGAGAUUAUUGAUGUUAAAAAAGAUGGAUUUUUCUAUUAGAGUAGAAUAACUUGAGAUCAUUGAAAACACUGCCUAUCUUAAAAUAUAUGUAGUGAUAUACUAAGUCAAUGAGUUACCCAGCCAAACUACAUGCCAUGGUCUGAAUAAUGAGCAUUUCUCACAAUUUUUGUUAUUCCUAUGUUCUUAGAUUUAAGCAGUCACAUAAGAUUUUUUAUUUCUUUUUAAAAAUAAUUUUGUACUUCAUUAAGGAGGCCUCAUACAAUCAACACACUGUUAUUCAAGAGUAAUCUAGAACUCUACAUUUCUAGAAAAUCCUCUGAACGAGUAUUUAUAGCAAUGGCAAGCACCUUUGUUAAACAUACAUCUAUUUUAGGCCUCAAUUGAUGUUGAUCAUCAUAGGAUAAUUGAACAAAAUUAUCUUUGUGCAUUUAUUAGAGAAUCUUGUGUAAUUUUAACAUGCAUGGGGGAGAGAUCUUUGAAGUCUAUAUUUUGCUCAGUAACAGGCAUUAAUAUCUUUUGAAAAGAUAGCUUUGAAGUCUGUAUGUUGUUCAGUAAGAUGCACUUUUGUAAUCAACAAAUAAUAAUUAUGAUGGAAUCUUGUAUUUCUUUUUUUUUGUUUACCUUUCAGUCAAUUUGUGAUUCCAGGUAUAUUGUCUGUGGUAGAAAAAAAAUUUCUGUAACUGCC